AUGGCCCUAGCGUUGCCCGAGCUUGGCAGCAAACACGAUGUGGCCUUAGUCUUGUUACACGUGGUGCUGUGGUGCCGCAUGUUGGAGUCGGAAGCUGCGCCCCGGUGGCCGGAGUCUCUAGUUGUGGCUGUCUCGAGCGCUGUGAUACCUACUCUGGCCUCAGCAGCCCUCCAUGUGCCCAAGGACAUCAUCUACAGUGGUGCUGCCUUUCUCGCCCUAUACUACUACGAUUCUGUUCAUCGCCGCAGCUUAACUGGUGGAUCAGGGCUCUUAGAGCUGGACUUUGCUUUAACCAGCAACACCCUGCUUGCAGAGCUCAUGCUCAUGUGCACCGAGACCCGUCCAUCAGUUCUGGCAGCAUGGGUGACGACCGCUUCUGUUGCGCUGCUUGGCAGGACGAACAUGCGGAUGGAGUCCGCAAUGCUGGUCUGGUGUGGCCUUUUCAUGUACUUCCUAUCCAGCACCAGCAACUCCAGCCAGAGCAAGUUUGAAGAAACCGAGUCGACGCAGCAACUCAGCCGAUGCUUGGGGCUAGUGAUGCGGCGCAUCCGCGUUCCUUUGCAGCUGGCCCAGUCUGAUCUCGACUCGGGGCCCAACCACACCGAGCGCGUGAGAGCGCGGCUACAGCAGAUUUGGGAGCUGCUCUCCGGCUUGGACACAGAAGUCUCCAAGGAAGUCGAGGCCAAGGUUGCGAAGGAAUUAUGCCAAAACUCUGAUGCUCUGAGCCCCUUUGAGCUUGACGUAAAGGCGAACCAGGACAUUGUACAGCGUGAAGGCUCCCCGGAGUCCUCCACGACCCUUGGCUCUUGGACUUCCAACAUGGAGCCCGGGCGAUGGGAGUGCCUACCUGAAGAAAUCUCCCUGAAGUUGACCGUGGACUUGGAGGGAGAUUCCAUGCCAGUGACCGAGGUGAAGCUUUGCAUGGAUGAGCAAGUUCACCUCGACAACUUUCUCCCAUCGCAGAGUGACUGGGAAGAGUUCCGAAGCUGGUUCGAGCCCGAAGUCAACCGUGCCAUUCAUUUAGACGGCUACAGUCCGGACAGCACAGCGAUCCCCCUGGUUUUACCGUUUCUGGGUGAUUGGCACCGCUUCAAUGCUGGCAAACUACAGAUCGCCUUGGAUCCAGAUUCGGAUCAGCAUGCGUCUAGACUCACUGUGGAGGCCUCGCAGCUCACUGUGUACAAUACGCACCGCCCGACGCUAUGA